AUGCCCCGCGGAGGAGGAAGAGGAGGAGGAGGAGGAGGAGGCGGAGGAGCCCCGGAGCAGGCCGGCGGCGGGGCCGAGGCCGGCGGCGGGGCCGAGGGCGGCGGCGGGGCCGCGGCCGAGGGGGACGACGGGAGCCACCGGCUGAUCCGCCACCAGUACCGGGAGCUCAUCUACACCGUGCAGCAGAAUCGUGAGGUAAUGCUGAGUUCCAGAAACAAUAGGUUAACAGAAGCACUUGAAGAAGCCAACAAACUAUUCACCGGAGUGUCCCGAGCAAGAGAGGCAGCACUAGAUGCCCAGUUUCUAGUUUUGGCUUCAGAUUUGGGAAAAGAGAAGGCUAAUCAGCUGCGCUCUGAUAUGACGAUAUUUGACCCGGCAGCAUUUGCUGAAGAUUUACUCACAUUCAUGGGUCUGAAUCGUCUAGAAGGUGCAGAGAGUGACAGUGACAACGAAUCCCUUGUCAGUGGGUUCUUGCCUUUUGAUGCCUGGCACAAAUUAGGAUCCGAAGCCGAAAAGCACUUGAAAAGAGCUCCGACUUUCCACUUCAUGCUGGGCUCAUUCAAGACUGAUCCUCCCAUACCAAAACAACGGCUUGAACGGCAGAAAAAAAUUGCUAGAACGGACGUACCAGGGGCAAUGCCUGCGGAGUUGGAAAAAAUGGAAGAGUCCCACCAAGAAGCUACAGAAAAAGAAGUAGAACGAAUUUUAGGAUUUCUGCAGACCUAUUUUGAAGAAGAUCCGGACACCCCUAUAUCCUUCUUUGACUUCGUAAUUGAUCCAAAUUCUUUUGCUCGCACAGUGGAAAACAUCUUCCAUGUUUCCUUCAUCAUACGGGAUGGUUUUGCAAGAAUCAAGCUUGAUCAAGACAGACUGCCAAUAAUAGAGCCAGCAGAGGAAGCUAAAGGAAACAGAAGUGAUCAGGAAGGCCUGGUUCGGAACCAGGGAGUUAUCUCUUUGAGCUAUGAAGACUGGAAGGACAUUGUGGAGACUUUUGAAAUCACGCAGGCCAUGAUAGCUCCUCCGUGCCAUAAACCGUAGAAUGCAAAGGAAGAAACUUAGUGCUCAAUGUGUGUCCAAAGUGGAAAUUGAAGUACCUAUUCCAAAUCAAAUAGGAAGGCAUUUUUGAAGUGCUAAUAUACAUAUGUAUAGUGUGUAAAUAAGUAUGUACAUAUAUAAUAUGAUAAACUAAUAUUUUUAAGAAUAGAAACUUUGUCACCGUUAUAUUGGGAUAUAAUGGAUCUUUAUUUUCCUUGAUAGUUUAUCAGAAUGUCAAUCUCCAGGAUUAAUGUUCCUGCAAUAUCUAUCAUCAAACCCAUGAAUAUUGUAUGCAUUUUUCCACUAUUUCAUCUUAUUUCUUUUGAACAUGAGGUAGUGACUCUGCUUCACCCCUGCCCGUGCUCGUUGGAUGUCAUGCCAAAUGUAUUUGAUUAAAAAAGCAUUUUUUAAGUCUU